AUGCGAGCUUGCUGUUUGUGCGGCUGCGGAGGUUGUGCCGCUUCCCCCAUACAUUGCAGUGUGUCAUUUCGCCCCUCUGGUCAGGGUCAAGACCACGCGGGCUGGCUCGAGGAGCUGGGCGCGCCGGCCACUCCCUCUGGGCGGAGCUCGCCCGCGGUCCUGAAGCUCGCAUUCGACAACACGUACAGCUACUUCACCGCCAAGCGGGUGGAGGUCAGGCUGAAGAAGGAGCGGCCAGUGCGCGACUGUCUUCGCGUCAUGGCCACACGUGGGGUGCUGGCCCCGAGCGAGGCGGCGCAGCUUGUGUUCUGCCGCCGCGUUGCGUGGGACAUCCGGGGGCCCGGGCGAGGCGGCCCGUCCCUCGCCGUGCUGCUGCGGCCCGCGGCCACCGCCAGAGGGCGCCGCGGGCAGCCGCCGCGCCCCGAGCGGCCCUGCGCCUCGGGAGGGCUGCUCGGUGCGGAGGCGGAGUGGGCCAGGGGCACGGGCAGGUGGGGCGCGGAGGCCCUGUCGACCGCCGGCGACAAGCUGGUGCAAAAGUCCGCGGAGCUGCAAGGCAGCAAGGCCGCCGCGGCGGCGGCGGCUGGGCCCCAGCCCUUCCGAGCCACAUGCCCGAAGUGCGGCUCGCUCAACGAGCUCGCGUUCUCCGGGGCUGCGACGGUCCAGUGCGGCCGCUGCGGGCAGCAGUUCCAGUGCCAGGCCCCCGCCGCGGGCGGGGCCUCCCUGGCGGCGGCCGCGCCGGCAGGCGUCGGGACCUCCAGGGGCUCCUCGGCCUCCGCUGGCCUGGCCGGCGCAGCCGCGGCGGGGGCGGCCGCGUUGGGCGCGGCCGCGGCGGCGAAGUUCGCGGAGUCGAAGGCGGCGAACCAGGUAGUGGACAAGGUGCUUGGAAAGGUGGUCGACUCGGCCGCCUCCAAGUUCACCGGCGGCUUGGUCAAGGAGGUGCCCACGGAGGCCAAGUCCAUGGGGGUGGAGUAUCUCAAGAAGAACCCCGAGACCGCGGUGAAGGUCGCGAAGAUGGCCAUGAAGUGCCGCGAUCGUGUGGUUCUGGACGGGCCGGAGGCGAAGCAGGCGCAGGGCUGGGCUGGCUUCAUUGCGAUUCGACGACUGAGCUUUUCAGAUCAGGCCAGCGGGCGCUGGGAGCGGGCCGUCGCGCUGCUGGGCAGGAUGCGGGCCGUGAGGCUCCCAGCCGACACGCAGUGCCACAACGCGGCCCUCGGCGCGUGCAGAACGGCGGGCAGGUGGCGCGAGGCCCUGAGCCUCCUGGCGGCGAUGCGGAGCAGCGGGCCCGCCGCCGACGCCAGGAGCUACGAGGCCGCCGUCGCCGCCUGCGAGGCCGCGGGCCAGGCGGAGCAGGCACUGGAUCUCAUCAAGGAGAUGAGCGCGGCGGUCCCCCAGGCGCAGCCGGCCGCAGCUCGGGCCCGCGAGGAGGACUUGGAGUGGCUGCGGAUGAUGCUGAACGAGGCGAUGGAAAGGUGCCCCGAAGGCGAAGUGGGCGAGGACCUGAGAGGUCACCUGACGGCCGCCAUGGGGAGCCUGCAGAGAUGCAGCCAGUCCUCGCGCGCGGGCUAG